AUGGACCGUCAAGACUCAACAAUAGUUAAUCGUUUCAUUCGCAAAAAUAUCGUUCAAAAUAGUACUAAUCCAGCAGAAGAUAUAUUAACAUCUAUCACAUCACCAUUAAAUUUCGAAACACAUACCAAUGAUGGUUACCCAAGACGUCGUAUAAUCCAAAAUUUUUUUCUAAUCUGGAUAGAUUCCAAUAUGAAUAAAUUUUCAAUAGGCUAUCAAGAUAUCAUAACACAACUUCGACGUAUUGUUAAUACUAUCUAUACAUACACUAAUGUUAAUACAUGUAUCGAUGUUUUAAGCAAAAUUGGUAUUGAAAAGACUUUCUUAAUUAUAUCUAGUAGUCUAUGUGAAGAACUAAUACCACUCGUUCAUGAUAUAUUUCAAUUGGAUACUAUUUAUAUCUUCGAUACCGAGAAAAUAAUAACUAGUGAAUACAUGAAUAAAUGGUUCAAAGUCAAAGGUCCAUAUUCAAAAAUCCUGUCAAUUUGUGAAGCUCUAGAACAAGAUAUUAAACAAUGCAAUCGAAAUGAUACUCCUGUUAGUUUUGUUCCCCCUAAUGAGAAUGCAAGCGAUCAAGAUUUGAAUCAAUUAGAUCCAUCAUUUAUGUAUACGGAAAUAUUCAAAGAAAUUCUAUUAAAAAAUCAAUACAACCAGAAAUCUAUUGAAGAUUUCGUUACCUUUUGUCGUCAACAAUACGAUGCCAAUCCUCUUAUGUUAGAGACUGUUGAUGAAUUUGAACGUGGUUAUAAUGAUAAAUCGUCUAUCUGGUGGUAUACUCGCUCUUGCUUUACUUUUGAGAUGCUCAAUCGAGCACUACGUAAUCUUGAAGUUGAUACUAUUAUUACGAUGAGUUUUUUUAUAAAUGAUCUUCAUCGUCAAACUGAACAACUGCAUUCGCAACAAUUUCGUCAACACCAAAAAGAAUCUUUCACUGUAUAUCGAGGACAAGGAUUGCCGGAAGAAGAAUUUAAAAAGCUAAUGAAAGCAAAAGGUGGUCUUAUGUCAUUCAAUAGCUUUUUAUCGACAAGUAUUCAUCGUAAUGUUUCUUUUAUGUAUGCUGAAAGUAAUAGUGGUAAAAUGAAUACCAUUGGCAUAUUAUAUGAAAUUGAAAUUGAUCCAUUGAUUUCUUUGGCUCCAUUUGCUCGUAUUGAUAAUAUUAGUUACUAUGAAGAUGAAGGAGAAAUUCUUCUCUCUAUGCAUACUAUUUUUCGUAUCGGUGAGAUCAAAUCAACAGAGGAUAAUACACGUCUAUGGCAAGUAAAACUCGAAUUAACCAAUACUAAAGAUCAACAACUGAGCACUCUUACUAAUCAAAUUCGACAAGAAACAUUAGGAUCAACAGGAUAUGAACGAUUAGGUAAAUUAUUGAUUAAGAUUGGUCAAUUUCAAAAGGCCGAAGAAUUAUAUCAAGUAUUACUCAAUCAAACUAAUGAUGAGCAGGCAAAAUUAAUAUUUUAUCAACAAAUUGGUGACAUCAGAGAUGCUUCCGGUGAUUAUGAAAAUGCUAUUUCUUAUUAUGAAAAAGCUAGCGAAAUAAUACAAAGUAUACCCUUAUCAGAUCAGUCUCAAUUGGGUACUAUCUAUAUGAAGAUAGCUGCAGUUUAUAUGAAGAUGAAAGAGAAUUCGAAAGCAGCAUCGUUCAAUGAAAAAGGUACGGAAAUUUUACGAAACAAUUUUUCUAGAGAAAAAAAUCUACCAAGAGACUCCUAUUUAAAUCAUCCGGAUUCAACUACUUCCUAUAUUGAUAUUGGUGUAAUAUGUAAUAGAAUGAACGAAUUUUCAAAAGCACUCUCGUAUCAAGAAAAAGCAUUAGAGAUUAGUCAAAAGACAUUUCCUUCAAAUCAUCCUCAUUUAGCCACUUCUUAUAAUAAUAUUGGUGUGGUAUAUCACAACAUGGGAGAAUACUCGAAAGCUUUGUCAUUCUACGAAAAGGCGUGUGAGAUCUUUCAACAAAUUCUUCCUUCCAAUCAUCCAUCUUUAGCUACUACAUACAAUAAUAUCGGAGCCGUUUACAAACAUAUAGGAGAAUAUUCAAAAGCAUUAUCAUAUCAUGAGAAAGCCUUGGAAAUUCGACAAAAAUCUCUUUCAUCAACUCAUCCAGAUUUGGCUAUUUCACAAACUAAUAUUGGUAUGGUUUACGAAAAAAUGGAAGAAUAUUCUAAAGCAUUGUCAAAUUUCGAACGUGCAUUGGAUAUUUUCUCACGAUCAUUACCUGCUAAUCAUCCUGAUACUCAAGCUGUACGAAAUAAUAUUGAGCGUGUAAAACAAAUUAUUACUUAA